AUGUUAUUUAGUGUCUGGUGUCUUUUAUCUCUCUCUCUUUCAUCUUCUAUCAUCUCUCCAGACUCCGUCAGGCUGGUGAAUGGGACUAGUGUGUGCUCAGGCAGACUGGAGGUGAAGUCUAACCAGUCUAACCAGUGGUGGUCCUCAGUGUGUGAAGAUGACUUUGACCAGCAGGAUGCAGAGGUGGUCUGUAGGGAGCUUGGCUGUGGGGCUCCUUCAGUCCUCCAGGGGGUGCUCUAUGGAGAGGUGGAGGCUCCAAUGUGGACCAAAGAGUUCCAGUGUGGAGGCAAUGAGUCUGCUCUCCUGGACUGUAGAAGCUCAAGCUCAGAUAGAAACACCUGCUCACCUGGCAAAGCUGUUGGACUCACCUGCUCAGAACCUGUCAGGUUGGUGGGAGGAGACAGUCGCUGUGCAGGAACACUGGAGGUGAAACUUCAAGGAGAUUGGAGACCAGUAGAUGGCUUUGACUGGAGCCUGAAGGAAGCAGCUCUUUUCUGUAGAGAGCUGGACUGUGGCUCUGCUGUUUCUGUAGAACAGAGAGUGGAGUCCUCAGAGAGAUCUGUGUGGUGGAGCUUCGAUGACUGUGUUCUGUUUUCAUCUGAUCUGAGAGAUUGUUUAAUACCAGAUUCCUCUUCCUCCAUCUAUGAUCUCAUCUGUUCAGACCUGCUGCUUCAGCCAAUCAUCACCGUGUCCUCCUCAAUGUACGGGGUCUCCGAGGCCCAGCAGCAGGGGGCUCGGGUGCUCAGGCGCUCCACCUUCACCAUCUGCUGCUCCAUCCAGCCACAGUACCCAGGAGGCUCCUUCCAGCUCACCUUCACCUCUUCCAACUCAGCACACAACUACACCCAGCCAGCUGUCAAUCACUCUGCCCACUUCCUGUUUGCUGCUGCAGAGCCCGCCCACCAAGGAAGCUACAGCUGUGUUUAUCACCUCUAUGUUUUUAAUCAUACCUUCUCCUCUGAGAGCCGUCCGCUCUCUAUCACUGUCUUAGAUCCAAGACCUCUGAUCAUCAAAGCGAUCGUCCUGCCGCUGACUCUGCUGUUGGUGAACGUUGCCCUUUACUUCUACUGUAAGGCCAACAGGGGGCAGAUGCCGUGCAGACAGAAGAACACUGAGCUGGAUCAGUAUAACCUGGAUGUUCCUGUAGCUGAAGAAGGAGCUCAGGGAGCAGAGUAGCUCCUCCAAGGACCUCAUCUCACAUCCAGAUGGAUGCCUGACACACAACCACCAUCAGCUCCCUUGAAACAAGAAGGCUGGACUAUUAUAUCACAUUAUUAUAGCCCGUCUUUCUUAUUCUCAACAAUGUGUUGGUCUCUCCAUACAUUCUGACUUCCUGUCUGUGGCUCUCAGCUCCAAGCCCAUUGGUUCCUGCUGAAGACGUGAAUCUUUAAAAACACCUCACAGAUAUAAAGUUUCAUUUGAAAACUAGACUUGAGAGCAGGUUUACCAGA